GGCCGGGGCGGUGCGGCGGGCUGACGUCACGGCGGGGCUGGCACUGCUCGCCGGCGGAGCGAGGCCACGGCGGGAGCGGGACGGCGGCAGAUUAAGCAACAAUGGCGUUUGUGAAGAGUGGCUGGCUGCUUCGUCAAAGCACUAUUUUGCGGCGCUGGAAGAAGAACUGGUUUGACCUGUGGUCUGAUGGCCGUUUGAUAUUCUAUGAUGAUCAGAAUCGCCAUGAUAUAGAAGAUAAAAUCCACAUGAGAAUCCAUUGCAUCAACCUCAGAGUGGGGAAUGAAUGUCGAGAUUUCCAGCCUCCAGAGGGAAAGCAGAGAGACUGUUUACUGCAGAUUGUUUGUCGGGAUGGUAAGACCAUCAACCUCUGUGCAGAAAGUGCAGAUGACUGUUUGGCAUGGAAAAUUGCUCUUCAGGAUGCCAGAAGAAACACAGGCUACGUGGGAUCUGAUGUGAUGUAUGAUGAGACAGCAAUUUCCUCAGCCCCUCCUCCCUAUACAGCUUAUGCUACCCCAUCACCUGAGGUCUAUGGCUAUGGCUAUGGUCAGUACCACGGUGCAUAUCCCACUGUGGGUCCUCACAUCUUCUAUGCCUCCACUGGACAAGCCUACCAGUAUCCAUACCACGGACCAUAUGGCCAACCCCCUGCAAACCACGUCAUCAUUCGAGAGCGUUACCGUGACAGCGAUGGAGAUCUUGCACUGGGCAUGCUUGCUGGAGCAGCGACUGGAAUGGCUCUGGGAUCAUUAUUCUGGGUCUUCUAGACUACUCAUUCCUUAUCUUUGUAGUUCCAAAACCUUUAUUGUGUGCAAUAAUAUACUGGCAAUGUUGUUUACUGUUAAACUUUCAAAAA